AUGCAACUACGAUUUCAACUCCAGCUUGGUUCGCAGAAAUGUAUAAGCGAACAAGUCGGAUCUGCUCUGCGACCGAGUUUCUACAGAGAUCUACACAUCACGGAUGAGGCUUACGAGAGACUGAAACAGAAGCGGGAAGAUAAAAUCUCACUCCACGAGUACGUCCAGAUGAAGGCUUACGAGCAGACAGCCGAGUACAAAGCAUGCAUCGAAAGAUUGAACAAGGAAAUGGACAGCAUAAACCGGCAAGUCUGUGGAGGCCAUGCUGCUCAAAAUGACAAGACAACUCGACGCUCCACGCCGACAGAGAACGUUCGCAGAUGCGGAUCAAGCAACUCAAGGAUUCUCUUGAGGGCGCUGAAAAGGACCAUCAACUGGAGACGAGGGAGCUUCACUCGCGGCUAUCGCGGCUUCAAGGAGAGUUGCGACGACUGCAUGUACGGGGCGAGAGCAUCGCAGCGGGAAGGCGAGACUGUGGUCUCGGCGCGUUUAAUCCCCCGUCAACUCGAGGUUUCCUUCGAUUUGCCUUCGUCUCCUCUUCCAAGCAAACGCGUCGUCACAGCUUCGUUGGAUCCUCGCCAGAGCCUUCUCUCUGAUGCUCUUUUUCUCAGGACCGAUCCGACGGCGAGUCACAGAAACUCGCCGAGUUCGACCACGCGCAGGCGCGGAACAAAUUUCUGGAAGAAGAAAUUUCAGCUCUCAAGCAGACGCAGACGCUCCAGACAGAGCAGCUGA